AACCGGAAGCGGCGGUGACGUCACGGCCGCUCUCGUAUUCCCAGAGCAGGACAACAACUGACUGACUGAGGCGACUGAAAACUUUGACAAACUCUUCGGAAAAGCCGCUUUAAAGUUUAGUAAAGUUCCCCUCCGUGAUGUGCGGGCGUGUUUGAAGCGGACUGGCCGUGUGGCAGACGCGGACCGGCCGUUAGAGGCGGAUGGAGUCGGGGUUCGGUGUCCAGCGGAGGGCCGGCGGUGGCUCGCCCGCCGUGGGAGCGUCGCAGCGCCGCAGGAAGAUGCCGCCGAGAGCCGCUGAUUACAAGCUGCAGGUGAUCAUCAUCGGCUCCCGUGGAGUGGGAAAGACGAGCCUGAUGGAGAGAUUCACGGACGACACCUUCUGCGAGGCGUGCAAGUCCACUGUGGGUGUGGAUUUUAAAAUCAAAACCGUGGAGCUGAGAGGAAAGAAGAUCAGGUUACAGAUCUGGGACACAGCUGGUCAGGAGAGGUUUAACAGCAUCACGUCGGCGUAUUACCGCGGUGCAAAAGGCAUCGUGCUGGUGUAUGACAUCACGAAGCAGGAAACCUUUGACGACCUGCCUAAAUGGAUGAAGAUGAUUGACAAGUAUGCGUCAGAGGAUGCUGAGCUCCUAUUGGUUGGGAACAAACUGGACUGUGAGUCUGACCGCGCCAUCUCACGACAACAAGCUGAGAGGUUUGCUUCACGGAUAUCAGGGAUGCGAUUCUGUGAGGCCAGUGCCAAGGAUAACUUUAAUGUGGAUGAGAUAUUCCUUAAACUAGUUGAUGACAUUUUGAGUAAGAUGCCUCUUGAAGUCCCCAGCAAAGAGCUGUCCAACAGCAUCCUGUCCCUUCAGCCCGAACCCGAAAUCCCACCGGAGCUGCCUCCGCCUCGCAUGCGCUGCUGUUGAGACUCGCUUCGCGCUUCAUUUAGAAACCCAACGCCGCCUCCUCUCUUAAAACCCGAACACACGCCGUUUCAGACGAC